AUGUUUCCGCCGUCUCCACUUUUCCUGCACUCUCUCCCCCGGAUCACUGCAACUCUUUCCGUCAGCUCGUCAUCUAAUGGCUCAAUCUGGCAGACCGCCUUUUUUCCACUUGAAAUGCAUCCAUCGCCGCCUCUUACUGUGUGUCAGUCAAUUGUUGCUUUCCAUGUGCCUAAUUCCGACUGUGUAUUCAUCCUCUUAUUCCCCUCGGAUGCUGCCCGGUAUCCAUUACUGUUGACCGCGGCUCUCUGCGUCUUGUCCUUCCCUGCUUUCCAUCGUGUACACAUCACGCCUCGCUCCACGUAAUGUUCGAGACUAAUUUCGACAUCUAUCUCCCCGCCGUGUAUGUACCCUUCCCAGAUCGCUUGGGUUCCAUUCCAGUCACCUCUCAUUACCUGACCGUAAAACGUCAACGCCUUCCGUCCUCCCGGGCGGGCCGUUGCGACGCUGAUUGCUUCUGCCACUUGAACUCGGUAUUUAAACAUGUAGCGGUAGCAUUGCCAUCUCCAUCAAUCUACAACAUCACUCCCCUUUUAUUCUGGCUGUCAUAUACACAUCAGGUGAUCUCU